AUGGCGGAUGGAUCGCCAUCCCAAUCGCAGCUGCAACGACCAGGCUCGUCGCGAGCGCGCAAAAGAGUCAAGGUCACACGAGCAUGCGACACCUGCAAAUCGCGCAAAAAGGCCUGCACCGGAGACAUUCCCUGUCAGUUCUGCGUGCGAUCCAAUCUGCGCUGCUCGUACAAAGUGCCCUACCACCGAGGAUCCGCCACCACCCCACUACCAUCCGCACCAGGCGGAAAUGUGCCCCGGCUCGCCUCUACCCCGUCAAUCCCCACAUCAGCCAUGUCAGCAUCAACCCCAGAUCCGGAAUCUGUUGUGGGGGCCCAAUACCGAGGUCCGGCGUCAGCCCACUCGUUUCUGGACCGUGCCGUGAGGAAUUUCCGCGGGACGCAGCGGGCGUUGAAUUCAGCGUCGGAGGAUGCGCAUGCUUCUAUCUUCUCGCAUGGUGAUCGGCAUGCGCCGCCCAUUCCCGAGUCGCAGAUACAAUGGCCGAGUCGGGCGGCUGUUGAUUGGCUGGUGCGACGAUACUUUGAUUUCUCUUCGCCGACUUAUCGUGUGCUGCAUCAAGGCACGGUGGAAGGAUGGGUAAAUACAUUGUUUGGACAAGAGGUUCGGACCGCGUCAGGUCCAAACCCUGGACCGUCACCAGCUGUGAGGGCUAUUGUUUUGAUGAUGUGUGCAAUCGCAUCCUCAUUUUCGGACAUGCAUGAUAUGCCGGCGGAACAUGUUGCGAGAAAUACACUACAAGGACAGCAGAGUGAAACAUACUAUCAAAUGGCAGACCAGCUUCUCGUGCAGGAGCAAGGCUCACCGUCCUUGGAAUCAGUGCAGGCUCGGUUUCUCACAGUUUUGUAUCUUCUUGGCACAUCGCGCAUGAAUCGAGCCUGGUUCAACUUCGGCUCUGCCGUCCAACUCCUGAUGGCGCUGGGACUGCACAGAAAACAAACACACUCACGAGCGAUAGCUUCCCUAGCUUCUACCAAAGUUGCCAUUGAAUGCUCUAAGAGAGUACUUUGGUGUUCUUUCACCUUAGACGAAUAUCUCAGCCUGAUCCUUGGUCGACCACGACUUCUUCGAGAAGAAGAUAUAGACCAGGAUUAUCCUACGCUUGUCAAUGACGAGCAAAUAGAUGCGCAUCCACCUCGCUCUCGCCUACAGCGAAACUGCCUCAUGGAUGCGCCUGUCUGUCAUGCAAAACUUGCUCGCAUUCUAGCCAAGGCUUCACAAGACCUCUACUCAAUUCAACCAUUCGAAAAAGAACAGGAAGUCGUACUGAUAAAUAGCCUCGUCGAGCGAAUCACACAGUGGCAAUCUGAGCUUCCACCUCUUCUCGGUGACUGGGUCUGCCCGAGCAGUCUCAUAUCCAUUUUCCAAAGACAGUUGACCGUGAUAAGACUGGCCCGUUUCCACGCUCUGAUGUUUGUCACGCGCCCUCUCCUUUUACGAGACUAUUGCCAGGAAUCAGAGCAGGGCGAUGAUUCUAUAAGGCUACAUCUACGGUCUUGUGUCAACACUGCCCGAGCCACCUUAGAGCUGGUACUGGAUCUUGUCAAAGACAACCUACUCUAUCCCGCUUUCUGGUUUACGCAAUACAUUGCCUUCAACGCCCUCUCAAUUGUCUACAUCUAUCUCAUACACAGCAAGAAGGGCCGAAUUCCUCAUGCAUGGCUAUUUGGAAAUGAUUUACCCUCUUCAACGGUUUCUCCAGACCUACUCUACAAACUAGCCGAGGAGACACAAUAUCAUCUUGGUCAAGCUACCGAAAGAAAUGCCCUCGCAUGGCGAUACAACAUUGUUCUUGAGGCUUUACGAUUAGAGGCCACUGGGCAAAUAUCGGAAACAAGCAAUGAUGGUGACGAAACAAUGAACCGGACGCAACAAGAUCUUGGCCAUCACCCGUCAUCCCAAUUAGUUGGGGCGAAUGACAAUCCUCCCUUUGAGCACGGAUUACCGGCUGAGCAGUCUCUUGUCGAUUGGGAUAGCUUCCAAGCCCCGAUCACCUACGAUGCCGGAAUUGGGACCAUGUUUAACUUUGCUGAUGAUCUCUGCCUCGAUUUUUGGCCCCAGCUAGAUCGACUGCCUACCUGUAAGUUUAUACGCUAUGUGAGAUGA